AAAUGUCGGUGUUUCACGAUGAGGUGGAGAUCGAGGACUUCGAGUAUGAUGAGGACACUGAGACCUAUUACUACCCGUGCCCAUGCGGAGACAGGUUCGCUAUCACCAAGGAAGACUUGGAAAACGGAGAGGAGGUUGCUACCUGUCCUAGCUGUUCCUUAAUAGUUAAAGUAAUAUAUGACAAGGAUGAGUUCAUGCAGGGAGAAGUUGUUGCAGAGCCUGUAGCAAGCAAGCCUGAGUUGUUGAAGUGCUGAUUAUCUUCUCUCAGUGGGCUGAUAAUAUUCUCUCAAUAUAUUAGCUGCUUGUACCCUGGAAGAAGCUCCAUCUCUGAAAGCUCCUAUUGUCAUGAGUUAAUGGUUAACACAGACGUGCUUCUGAUUUGCUUGCAGAGAACAUUACUAUAGAUUGGGAAAGGUUAAACUUGCCUGUGGAUAAUGUAUUACUUAAGACAAAAAGCAUCUUUUGUACAAUUUGAUAGCCCUCAAUUCCAUGUGGCGUUCCAUUCUUUAUAAUAACAUUUCUAGUGAAACAGUAUUCGCUAUUGUUCCCAAGGGGCAGUUCUUCAAAGGCCAUCUUGAUGUCAACAUUGCAAAACUUGUAAAACAUAAUGCAGAUUUUAUAUAUUUAUUUUGUUUUCUAGGCAAGGGAUGAAUAAACUUUUAGUAUAUA